UACCAACUGCUUAAAACGUAUCAAACGCUCCUCUUAGCCGGUCGUAUAAUCAACAUGGCCACCGUUCAAAUUAAAUCCGGGAACAUUUUGGGUACCACCGGAAAAAGUAUUAAGGGUGAUACGUAUUAUAAGUUUUUGGGAAUCCCGUAUGCUACGCCACCAGUGGGAAAUUUAAGGUUUAAGGCUCCACGAUCAGUAGAUCCAUGGCAAGACACUCGGGACUGUACAAAAGACGGAAACGUAUGUCUGAGCUUGAACUUCGUAACCAAAAAAAUCGAAGGUUCCGAAGACUGUUUGUACCUUAACGUGCAUACGAGGGCGGUACCGUCAGCCGAUGAGAACCCACUGAAGGCGGUACUGGUCUAUAUCCAUGGGGGCGGUUUUACCGCCGGUACAGGUACUGAAAUGAUGGCCGGUGCCGACCUGAUUAUGACCGAAGAUGUGGUUUUUGUCAGCAUGAAUUAUCGACUGGGGAUUUUUGGGUUUUUAAGUUUAGAAGAUGCAAGUUUGGGUGUCACUGGUAAUAACGGACUAAAGGAUCAAACGUUUGCCCUAAAGUGGGUUAAAGAAAACAUCAAAAAUUUUGGUGGUGAUCCAGAUAACGUCACGAUUUUCGGUAUUAGUGCCGGUGGAGCUUCUGUACAAUUUCAACUACUCUCACCGACGGCCAAGGGUCUUUUCCACAAAGCAAUUGCCCAAAGUGGCUCAGUCUUCAACACUUGGUCAUGGGGUCAAAAAAACGCCAUUUCCAUCGCUAACAUGCUCGGAAAAACGGUUACAAGCGAAAAGGAAGCUUUGGAGGUCCUUAUGGAGACUUCUGCUGAAGAACUGGCUCAAACAGCUCUAACUAUACCAGAGUAUAUUUGCGAUGGGAGCGUAAGAAGACCUUUUGGACCGGUCAUAGAGACACCAAAUCCAGAAGCUUUCUUAUGCGAAGACCCUGCAGAGUUGCUGAGAUCGGGAAGGUUUAAUCAAGUGCCAUUAAUUCAGGGGGUGUGUCAAGAUGAGGGUCUUCUGGUCCAUGCCAAGAUAAUGCCCCAAAAAGAUCAAGGGUACUACGCUAAAAAUGUUUUAUCCUGGAAUAUCAAAAAGGAUCCAGCCAAAGCACCCAAAUGGCAACAGAUGCUGAGGGAGCUUUAUUAUCCGAAUGGGGUCACCGAGGAGGGACUUAUUGAGCAAAUGGGGGAUAUAUUAUUUAACCUAGGGGUCAUCGAGUCGACUAAAAUAAUGAUUUCCAGCGCCAAAAACCCCAUAUUCCUUUAUAUGUUUGCUUAUGACGAAAAAGCCAGCGACAUCUUUAAAACUAUGAUAGCAAUUGACAAGAAAGGGGUUUCUCAUGGAUACGACUCGGCUUAUCUACUGUCGCUCAAUCACUUCCCAAUGAAAAUCGAAUACACUCCAGAGGACGUUAAGGCCAUAGAAGUGAUGGUGGGACUCUGGAGCAGUUUCGCUCGAACUGGAAAGCCGCAUUUGGAGUGGGAGGAGGUCACCGAUAAGGAUAAUUUGAGGUAUUUGAGGAUCGCAGGGAAAUUGGAGAUGUUGAGCGAUCCAUUUGGGGAGAGGAUGAAGGUCUGGCAUGAGAUUUUAGAGGAGGCAGGAGGGUUCGACUUGACCAACGACGAGAUUGGCAAUUAGGUGGAGAUGAUUUAUUAACUCAUUGCAGGAAAAAUUUGUUUGCACAAUUAUUAUUAUGUUAUCUGAUAUUAUAUAAAUAUAUUGUUUUUUUUUUAA